CAAAAAACCUGACGACAAUCAGUGGGCUUAGAGCGGGCUUACAGGACAGGAAAGUGUAUAGAAUAUUUUCUUUUUCUUUUGCAUCUUACGAUUCCAUCCUCACAAGAUGAAGUAUAUACUGCCUGUGCUGUUCAUGUGUUUAAGACUUUGUCAUGGUGGGGUUGUGGGCAGUGGAUCCGCACAACACCCACGGAUACACGGAUUUUUCAUGAACAAGUAUGAUGACGAAAACGACCCUAACUGGGAAGGCAUGAAAUAUGAAGACACUGACGGCGAUUGGGGUAGCCAACAGUUUGUCGAGCUGACCAACGAUUGUAACGUACUAGGAAGAGAGACCGAUAAACUGGUUAUUGAGGACAGUGGUACUGUUAGAUUUGUUGCCAGCAGCGUCACUGCUGGAACAAUGCCCAACCCCCCGUUGAUUCCUUCUACAGACACCUUAACGGACAACCCGCAUGCGUUCGCCAGGGCGUACAACGAUCAAGACGGUGACGGUACACUAAGUGACAUCACUCACACAUACAAGUUCACCGUCUCACACCUUCUCAAGUCAGACACAGAAAAUAGCGGUAAUGUUGUUGCGGGCCAAGCUACCCUGCAGAGAGCGGCAGCCAUCAUUGAUGAUUGCUUAAAAAACGAUUAUGGCACAACAAACGUCAUAGAAGUGGUGGUGGUCACCUUUUUGGUUGAGACCAACUAUAUCAGUGCUGAUCCAGAUUUGAAACUACGUUCACAAGUAGUUAUUGCUAUCACUGAUGAAGAAAAUGGCGCAGAUAACCCUAAGAACACCUACGUUUUUCUAAUAUUUGAAGAUGAAGACGCUAAUUCUAAUGUGAGGGAAGACCACACAGGCUAUGAAUAUGGAUGGAUUAAUGGCGAUUAUGCCGAUAUCGCCGGCCUUUCCUACCAACGGACUUGCGACGAAGCUAGUUCUGAUGAAGCGGAUGUACAUUUAUAUUCAAACUGUGACUGCGGUUCCCACAACGCUGGCCUUUAUAUGUUCCAAACUAAAGACUAUGCGGAUAGCAGUGAAGAGCUCAACAAGGAGUGCACAACUGAUGGCGAUGCCUGUGCUUAUCCAAGUGGGACUUAUCAUUUCAACAAGAACAUGCACUGUAGACCGGCCAUGGUACCGACAGAUACUUGCAGAGAGGAUCUGAUGUGUAUUUAUGAUUCUGACACCAGUACCGACUUUACCAUGCGCAUUUCCUUCCCAAAUGUUCCUGUUUAUUCGUGGGUGCAGUUUUUUACUGGAACUAACCCAAUUGUGCCGAGUACAAAUGCAAACUGUAAAAAAGAAAUCGCAGAUGGUGACGACUUUGUAGAGUUCAGCUUUACCAUGGCUAUGGCUACUACUUGUGGACUUACAGUCGAUGCUGAGACCGGAGAGGUAACUGCGAUGAUACGUGUAUAUGAUGACGCAGACGAUAUGUUUCAUAAGGACGGUGUUGUGCUUCUGAACGUUAAAUGUAACCCAGGAGACCUCCCACUAAAAGUGACGCUCAAGCCGGAGUUUGGGACUUUCCCAAUGGAAACAGUAACGGCGAAAAAGGCUGAGUUCCACCUCUUUAUCGUGAAUGAACAACAGUGGAAUGGGGAUGAAAACAAGCUGUUUGGAGAAAAAAAUGAAGUAGCUGACUUUCCCGUUCUGCUAGGACAGGAUUAUUUCAUAUUGCUUGCCUUUGAACCAAGCUGGGACCCUUCAAAUGAAGAGUAUGAAAAUAUCUUACCAUACGGUAUAUAUGCCAAAAGCUGCUAUGUUUCCAACAACAAUGGUUUCAUCAACAACGCUGGCAACUCCGAAUACAGCAUUGAGAUUAUCAACAGCGAUGGAUGUAGAACUACAGAUGGAACAGCUUCUGCAAGCCCACCGUUCAAGGCGUUCGGCGGCGAACAGGAGCCAAAGGAGGUAGACAAUCACGAUAUAACUAUUGACUCGCUCGCUUUCCCAGUAAAAUGGGCUGUCGUCUUCGGAAAAUAUGACAUGAGCAAAUGGGUAACUGGCGAUACAGUUUUCUUCAAGUGCAGUUUUGGCUUCUGUCGUAACACGGCCAUUCGCGAUAGUGCAACCGACUUCAGCAAGUGUCAGAAGGCUUGCCCGGGGGGAACGCCUACUCCAGAAGAUAAAGAUUACCGGAGGAAGAGACAGAUCGAGGACCCAUUCCUUUACGGAUCCUUCUCAGCGAACACAUCGGUGACUGUCAUCAAACCGACAGGAAUGAAAAGUGACGGGACGCUAUGCACGGAACCAACGGUUGUCAUUGCGACCCUAGCUGCUAUUGGUGUGGCUCUCGUCCUCGCAACAGCCAUUGCCUUUGUGCUGUUUGUCAAUAUGCAGAGACGAAUGAAAUAAGCUAGACCUGUGUUGCCAGCCGUCAUACGAAUGAAAGCGUACGGAUAUAGGACAUGAUUUUGAAUAUAUAGUCGUUUUUCGCACAACUUGUAUUGAAAUAAAAACAAUGGUAGCAGUAACUUCGAACCACUCCCUAUUGAAUAAAUAGAUCAAUUCACAUGUGUACACGUGAAGCAUGUGUCAGGCAAAAAAAGGUAUACGACCCAAAAAUAAGAUGACCUAUUCGAUUCUCAAAUACGCUUCAAUUUAUUAAUAAAUUGCUAAAGCUCCACUGUUCAAAAGGGACUCGAGAAUACAAUGUUUGCCAUGUGUAUUUAUUGAACAUAACUAGAUCGAGUUUGUACGCCCAAAAUAAAAUCAUAUCUUAUUGAAUUUCUGCUCUUUUUGAACUUCUGGUGAUGUUUUAUCAUUGCAACAAUUAUUUUAUUCAGAUUUUAUAUGAAUUUUUUUGUUCGAUGUCAGACUCUAUAAAACCUUACCUUUUCCCUUUAAAAUAAAGACAAUUUAACUUGACUGAGCAAGUCCCUUUGAAACAGAUUCUAAUGAAUUUGACGAUUAUUUUUUCGUGCUAGCUUAGCUUCAAUGUAAAUACUUUAUGUAAUCCAAAUGUUUAUGAAUGUCACACCGCUGCACAAAGUUUGUACAAUUAUCACAGUGAACCAGUCCACAUCAAACAGAAAGUUUAUAAAUACCACUCAGCUACACAUGUUUUGUGCAAUUAUCAGAAGUAAACCAGUCUAUGUCAAGCAGAAAGGGGUAUUAUUUUACGGUUUUGAAGUAUCACGUUUUAACAUCAUAUCAUUUUAUUUACGUUUUUCACAACAAAAAGAAAUGUGAACUUCCAUUAAAAGUGUCCAUAGCAGAAUAUCCAACCACUGCAAAUGCAAUUCUAGAUUAAGUAACAAAAAACUAUGACGUCAUAAUGAUGGUUACGUCGUAAUUACUAAAAGACUCGUUUCUGUUUGUCGUGUUUCAAGUAUUUAACAAAAGUAUCCCCUUCUCGUGUUUAGACAUUGUUGAUUAAUGCAUACCUAUGGCUCGGCAUAAAACUUGUUCUAUCCAAAUAUCAACCUACAUUCAUAUUUUGUUAAGCCCUUUGAUUUAAAUGUAUCGGAUUGCAAAACUGUUAUCCCUGACCAAAACACUAAACUCGAAUACAUUCGGAACAUAUUUGAAUGAAACUUUGUACACAUUUGUCAGAUACAAUAUGCGAUGCAUUCCAAGGUAAUCAGUUUUUGGUUUAAUAAUUAUAAUUGAUUUUAGAGUUAUUCCCCCUUACAUUACUGAGCCAUUUGCACAGUUUCUUCCCUUUGUUACAAUGACGCUAUAUGUAAAAUAUAUCAGUUUUAAUAGUUGUUGUCUUCUUUAAGAGAAAUUUUGUAUGUCACAUAACACUAUACAGUAAUAAAUAGUAGAAUUAGA